AUGGCGGGAGGGAUGAAGCCCGACUCGCGGCGGUGUCGUCUCCUGCUGGAGGCCGCCGUUGUUUUGGUGCUGCUUUGGGACGCAGACGGGCAAGUAACUCAACUUAAAGAUCACCGCAUGUGCACAAAGAACUCCCCUGAGCAGUUUUGCUACGCAAACACCGUGAUCCCCAAAUGGCACGACAUAUGGACCAGAAUUCAGAUCCGAAUAAACAGCACCAAGAUGAUCCGCAUCACCCAAGUUGAAAACGAGGAGAAGCUCAAAGAACUGGAGGAGUUUAACGUGUGGAAUUACAUUGGCUCCUUCUUCAAAGAGAAGCUCAACGACACCUACAUUAGCAUAGGGCUGUACAGUAGUAAAACCUGCUUGAAAGUUGACCUUCUUGAACAAAACACCAAUUACAGCAUCGUCAUUGCUCGCGCAUUUGAUCCCAAGCUCUUCCUGGUUUCGUUUCUGGGCCUCCUGCUGUUCUUCUGUGGUGACUUGAUGAGCAGGAGCUCGCUCUUUUUCUAUUCAGCUGGAAUAAGCAUCGGCAUGCUCAGUUCGCUGCUCGUCCUCAUCUAUGUCAUGUCUAGAAUGGUGCCCAAGAAAAGUCCCGUGUACCUCUUGCUAGUAGGAGGCUGGUCUUUUUCAGUUUACCUCAUCCAGCUGGUCUUCAGGAACCUGCAAGAGAUUUGUAAACUAUACUGGGAGUAUCUGCUGGGCUACAUGGUCAUCGUGGGGUGUCUCAGCUUCGCCGUCUGCUACAGGCACGGCCCCUUGGAGAACGAGCGCAGCAUCAACCUCCUCACGUGGGGCCUUCAGCUGCUGGGGCUGCUGCUGCUAUACUGCGGCAUCCAGAUCCGGCAGAUCGCCGUCGCUUUGAUCGCCAUCGCCAUCUGCACUAAAAACCUGGAGUACCCGGUCAUGUGGGCCUAUGCUGUCUACAGGAAGGUGCGCACCGCCUCAGACAAGCCCAGCCCGCCGCGCCUACUAACCGAGGAGGAGUACCGCCUGCAGGGGGAGGUGGAGACGCAGAGGGCCCUGGCGGAGUUGCGGGAGUACUGCAACAGCCCGGAAUUCUCUGCCUGGAAAGCAGUCUCCCGCAUCCAGUCUCCAAAGAGGUUUGCUGACUUUGUGGAAGGUUCCUCGCAUCUUACCCCGAACGAGGUCUCCGUCCACGAACAGGAAUACGGGCUGGGAGGUUCUUUCCUGGAAGACCAGCUCUUCGAAGAGGAAGGGAUGGACGAUGACAGCUUUGAUGGGGACAAUGGCAUGGACACCUCCCUUCCCCAGAACCACUUGGCAUUCCUGCAGAUGGAUUGA